UCAUUCGCUCGAGAGCGUAGAGUGCAGCACGAUGGCGCCCAGCACUCGUAGGGCCAAUGCCAUCCUCGUCGUGGGGAUGCUCCUCGCGGCUGCCAUGGCAGCGGUGGCGGCCGAGGCGGCGGCUGAGAUGUCGUGCGGAGACGCGGUGAGCGCGCUGAUCCCGUGCGGGUCGUUCCUGGUGGGCGCCGUCGCCGGGGCGCCGAGCGAGAGCUGCUGCCGCGGCGCGCAGGGGCUGCGGAGGAUGGCGGGCACGCCGGGCGCACGGCGCGCGCUCUGCAGGUGCCUGGAGCAGUCCGGCCCGUCAUUCGGCGUGCUCCCGGACCGCGCCCGACAGCUCCCGGCGCUCUGCAAGCUCGGCAUCUCCAUCCCCGUCAGCCCCCACACCGACUGCGACAAGAUACAGUGAGCGGCCGGCGGGGCGAACCGAUGGUGAUCAUGCGCGGGUGGCGUGAAGUGAUGACACGAAGUGGUCGACGGAGGAGUUCAUGGCCGGCUGAAUAAAUAGUACUACUGUAGCUACGAUACCUGUAGUUCGCCUGCCCUGCUGCUACUUCAGUAGUCAUGCUUGAAUAAUAAUGGUCUCAGUAUUAA